AUGAACACAACAGUAGUAGUUGUGCCAGCAUCUGAAGAUGAUCGUCCAGCAUCUCCUCCACCACCAAUGACUUUAAAAGAAAGGCGUGGCUCUAGAGGUUCACCAUGUGCUAAUCUUCCGCCUCUUAUGAUACCAUCUAUAACACCAGAACCAUCUCCUGGCCGCUUAUCACCGAGUCGGAUUUCACCACAACGACCAAAGGAACCAGCUUCAGCACCUGUAAUAGGCAAUCCGCCAAGGAGAUCCCGAACGCGAUCUGAAAUGCCUCCAGAUCCACCACCACGUUCACCUGAGACUCCACGUCCAGCAUCUGUGUCUCCUAAACACACGUUCGCAUUCAAAAUUGUUUUAAAAAAAGUAGAAAGUACGCCAAAUACAUCAUUCGAUCGACCAGAACAAUGA